AAAUUAUUAUAUCCAGUCAAACCGGUUUGAUAAGAAAUUGUCAACGCACGUAACGUAGCCACGUUAUGUACACGUACUCGAACCCUAUUUGCGUAACGAUCAGCGUGUCUGCAAACGUGUUAUUUAUGUGUAGGUAUAAAUUGACUGUUGUACACAGGACAAAUAUUGAGAUUUCACACUGCGAAGUGAAUUCAAAAAUAGAGCACACGUAUGCAUGUAUGCACGUACGUGCAUACGUACCAUGGGCAUGAGAAAUGCACUAUUCCGUUCGUUUUGAAUUUGACAAACGAAUGGAUAGCAAAAAAUACCGGGAUGUAGCCAUCUAUGAUGUAUAUUACGUUGUAUUUUCUGUCACGGAUACCGUAGUGCCUGAGCGGGUGCCGAUAUCCAAGUUCCUGGUUUGUCAAUUUGACCUCAUUUACUUUGGAAUAAUCAGAGAGAACCUACAGCGUGGGGCGGGUUGGAAAGACUUUUUAAACGUUGCUAAAGGAUAUGUCAUAGUUGUAGAAAUGGCUCUAACUUAUUCUGUGGAAAAAAAAACCCAACUGGUUUCGGGUCAUCAACCCGCGCAAUCGUGACGUAGGAAUGAUUACAGUCAUAUUAACAGGAGUUUGUGAAUUGAAGCAGUGGACCUUGAUCAUAUCCGACGAUCGUCGAUGGCUUUUCUAAAAGUAAAGGGUACAAAACCCGAUAUCAGGGUGCAAUUAAUUCUAUGUGUAAUCGGUUUAGUCUAUUUGCGGUGCCGAUACUCCUAACUCGGUUGUUCUCGUUUUAUUUAUCGAUUUCACGCAGGUAUUAUAAUAGCGUGAAAUGAUCUUGAGUUGAAAAGAUGAUGAAACAAAAAUAAGCCUAGAUAUAGAAAUUAUAUUGCAAAACAUGUCGACCACGCCUCGUACAUUAUACUUUGCAGCGCAGCUGUUUCAUCCAUCGAUUUCAAGCGAUUUCACGUACAGGAGAAUGUAUAUUGAAAUGUAAUUUUUGGAGUUCGGUGAUCUGGAGUUCAUUUUUAAACCUGCAAAAUGAAGUAAGAUAAUGCGAAAGUUGGCAAUAGAUUUCUUUCGGCGAAAUUCUUGGCCAAACUCGUUCUGGAAAUAUAACCGGUUGCGGAGUUUGGAUUGAAUAGGCGACAAUCGCACGUUCGAUUCAGACUGUGACCCCGAAUGACGACGAUGAUCCUGAAUCCGUUAGAUAGGUAUGUCUGAAAGUAACGUUUUAUUUUUAUGACGAUCAUUGCCACGGAGAAACACUUGGCGCGUUGCCAAAAGUUGGAAAAAUAGGUUAUCGAUUAUCUCUGCCAGAGUUAAACCGUUUCGGGAAACAAACUUACGCCUUGAGCUAUUGUCUUCGCUCAGUCAGGGUCGAACCACCGAUACUCAAAUCCGCCGUAAAAGCGAAAAGAAGGGGUUUGUUAUAUAAUACGCAUUGCGCAACGCGUCAUCCCAUUACGGGCCAGCAGCGCCAACGAAAAUAAUCCGAGCCGAUGAUCCUUAACGGUUAAGAUUUCUUCCAUCAAAUUCGUGCGACCUCUGCCUCAGCUUAGACGGCGAAUCUUUCUGUGCCGCUCGCUUUCGCACGCCGAGUCGAAGGAUAAAAUUGAUUCAAGGAUCCCGCUAAGUCGCGGUACGCGAUAAUCGAGUACCGACUGACGGACAAUCGAAAUCGAAAACUCGAGCGCCGAUUUGACAUUCAUUGGUGGGGGUACCGAGAGAGGGUGGGUUUUGUGAAUUUCGUAUACCGUCCGUGUGUGCGGUUUGUUGACUGGAGCGACGAAUAAUGACAUGUUUGGAGGUGUUUUCUUGAGCUCUACGGUCGCGCUGGUCGCGAUCAAGUGCUGUAUAUUAAACCGUAGAAUGAAGUUGUAUUGAAUUUAGUAUGGAACACAGUCUGGAGUGUCAGGAGGGUCCGGUGCUCGGGUAGUAAAAAAAGUAAUCUUUGAAAACAGUAACAUAAGUAUGAAAAUAAUGGAAAUUAUUGUAAAUUUCCGUAUCAACGAUUACUGCUGCUGCCGCUACUGCUACUACUGUCAUCGUAAUCCCGGAUCAAAUGAAACCAAAACAAAAUUUUGAUCGCCAUGUACCUAUUUAUAAAUCUACGAAGUCGCAUCUUGCAUUUUUCGAUUUUAGGAUUAAUUUUUCUAUCAUUCUACGCCUAUCAUUACACCGCAACCAAUGAAAUUCGUCAACCAGCGGUACUUACCACCAGCAGUCACACGUUACGUAGCCAAGUACGAACAACCUUAAAUUCAAGCGGAGAGAGCCAAGGUGUAUCAUUAGUAAAGAACACUACAUCGGAGCCACCGAACCUCUACAGAUUACACAACGUAAGCAACGCUUCUCCUGUAUCAACGUUAUCGACGUCAUUCAGUUUCCAGUCACCAUCUAUAGCGAACAAUGUGUCGAAGAGUGGCGAGCAGCCAGCAGUCAAACAGCUAGCCAAGGCGCAAAACGUAAGUGACAUUGGUGGGUUAAUGGUCAACAAAGACUCGGCAGCUGCCAUUUACGAAGCUGGUCAUUCUGUACCUCUGCCUGACAAGUGUCCCAAUUUUGGGGUUGACUUGAACCUCGUGAUCCUUAUAAUGUCUGCACCGAAUCAUGUUGAGGCAAGAACGGCUAUAAGACAAACAUGGGCGCACUUUGAUCAGCGUAAAGAUGUGAGCAUUGCUUUUGUUCUCGGUGAUACGACGGACCCCAAAAUUUCCAAGGUAUUAUUACGUGAACAGGAUAUGUACGGUGACAUCAUCCGGGGGAAUUUUGUUGACUCAUACUCAAAUUUGACUCUUAAAACAAUAUCUGGGCUCGAAUGGGUGCGUGAUUACUGUUGGAGGGUGAAAUUUGUGCUAAAGACAGAUGACGACAUGUUCAUAAAUGUACCCCGACUUCUCUCAUUCAUAAACAAGCGGUCCAAAGAUAGAAAUGUGAUAUUUGGGCGGCUUGCGCGCAAGUGGAAACCGAUAAGGAAUAGAAAAAGCAAGUAUUACGUCUCCCAGAUGCAGUACAAGCCCGAGGUCUUUCCCGACUUUACAACGGGACCAGCGUAUUUAUUGUCUAGUGACACUGUUCCCAGACUUUACAAGGGGUCUUUAGAACAGACUUAUUUAAAACUCGAAGAUGUAUUCAUGACGGGUAUAGUUGCCCACAAACUCGGUAUAAAGCGAACUCAAGCUAACGAAUUUUUGAACAAAAGGAUAUCCUUUAAUCCCUGUAACAUACAACGUAGUAUUAGCAUCCAUAUGGUCAAAUACAGCGAGCAAUUUGACUUAUGGAAAAAAUUGUUGGAUGGUAAAAGCAAGUGUAAAUAACAAUCUGAGUUCUGCCGCUCCAGUUCGAGUUCAACCGAAGUGAUCAUUGACCAGGAAUUAAAUGUCUAGUUGUUUAAGGAGUCUUGCAAAUCUCGCACAAUUUGGAUUCCAGUGCAUAAUAAAGCUUUAUUAAAAAAGGAUGAAAAAAAUUUAUGGGUCGUGAAUGGUGAUGUAACUAGGUAACUUCGCAGCUAAUGUUUCAACAAUUAUCUAUAUGUGUUCUACUUUUUUUUUGUUAUUUUGUUGUAGUAAAAUUUGUGUUCACCCAAUUAGUUCCUUCUAAAAUUCCUCUGAUACUCAGAGUAUUCACUCGUUGAAACUCAAUAUCGUUAGUAUUGAAUUAUCUAUCUUUUAUUAGCUAGUUUAUUUUAUUUUAUCUCUUCCACAAAUAUUUACUGAUCAAAUUAAUUUUUGCAAUCAGUAUUCAAAGGCGUAAAGACUUUAGGGUCUCAGGCAAAAAUGAAAUAGUCCUUAUGAUAUUAGUUUAUUGGAAUUCGUUCGUUCUAUAAACGAAAUAUAUUCGUAACUUUGACAUAGAAUAUGUUGGUUUCGAACUUUGUGAUCAAAUUUUUAGGUUCAACUUUAGAGAAAAAUCCGGUGUUCCAACGUCAUAAAGUCUGCCUACCUCAUCACAUGCUGAUUUCGUAGAAUUUACGUGUAUUUCUCGUUUUUCAAGCACAAAAUUUGAAAGAAUAAAUCGCAUUUCUCGAGACUCAAGUCUUUAUGGUAUAAGUCACGCGUUGUGUUUAUAUUUACAUAUGUACUUAUCAAAAGUACAUAUAAUGCGUCGCUCAGACCAAUUAUUCGCGCAGAAUUUUGAUUUCUGCAAUAUAUAUACACACAUAUACAUAUUUUUUUAUUUAUAUUUUGAAUAUUCAUCUUUUUUAAACACAAUCAAUCAAUUUUUAUGACAAUCCUGAAACGCACAACACUGCGCUACACUUAUAUUCACCGCGCUUUAUCACUUUCUCAUUCCUCAUGUAAGUUACACGCAAGGUCAUUAGUUAUAUAAGUUUGAAACAAUCUCACGUGAUCUGUAUAAAAUUGAUUCCAUGAAAAUACUCUUUCACCCAAAUUUGUUUGGAGUAUCAGAUGCAUUCCUAGGACUGCUCGUCAAUAUUCAUAUAAGAUUUGUAAUUACUGAAAAUUUUAAGAUUAUUCGAUCACUAUCUUCACUAUAUGUAUAAAUAUGAAGCCAGAAUGAUUUGAUAUCCCGGUUGUUGUGAUGAAUUAUUAUUGAUCAAUGAAUAAAAAUAAAUAAAAAUCUCAGUGAAUCACAAAAAACUUUCCGGAAAUAAUCGGCAAAAAUUUAAAUGACAAAUUGAAAAUGUUUUAGUAAUGACGACAUAUUUUAAUGGGUGAAUUUCGCAAAGACGUGAUAUUGCUGAUAUGGCCGGGGCAUGGGUUAUUAGGGUACAGCUAUAUGUAUAUGUAUUUACAUUGAAAUAGGUUAAUACGCGUUAUUUAUUUGGAUGUGUCUUUUAUCGUUGUAUAUUUUUAAGAUUUUUAUUAGUAUGAAAGAAUGUGAAAAAACGAAAAGCAAAAAAAAAAAACUUUUAAUAAUAAUCCUAUUCGACUGAAAAUGAGAUUAUGUUUUGUACAUUCACUAUACGUGUAGAUAAUAUUGUAGAAAUAAUAAAAAUGAUAAUGUUAAUUAAAUAU